GGUUUUUACGCAUGUUUUCUGCAUAAUCUUCAAGACUUUUCGGCGCGUGGUUCCGAAGCCAGUCUUUCCUACCUUCGCUCCAGUUAUGCGGCCCGGUUUUAGCCCGCGUGGAGGGCGUGGUGGAUUUGGGGAUCGCGGCGGCGGACGCGGAGGCUUUCGAGGAGGACGAGGAGGUGGAUUUAGGUCUCCAGGAGAAGGAGGCGGCUUCCGAGGCGGACGUGGAGGAGGUUUCCGAGGCGGACGUGGAGGAGGUUUCCGAGGCGGACGUGGAGGAGGCGGGGGCUUUCGAGGAGGGCGGGGAGGCUUCAGAGGUGGCAGAAAGGUCACCGUAGAGCCCCACAGGCAUGAAGGUGUCUUCAUCUGCCGGGGAAAAGAGGAUGCCUUGGUGACCCGGAAUCUAGUACCAGGCGAGUCUGUGUACGGAGAGAAGAGGAUUUCCGUGGAGGAUGGGGAAGUGAAGGUGGAAUACCGAGCCUGGAACCCCUUCCGCUCCAAACUGGCUGCCGCUAUCCUUGGAGGCAUCGAUCAGAUCCACAUCAAACCCGGCGCCAAAGUGCUGUACCUGGGAGCAGCCUCGGGAACGACAGUCUCUCACGUCUCUGACAUAGUAGGACCGGAGGGGCUGGUGUAUGCUGUGGAGUUCUCCCACCGCUCAGGCCGUGACCUCAUUAACGUGGCGAAGAAGCGAACCAACAUUAUCCCAGUCAUUGAGGAUGCGCGGCACCCGCACAAAUACCGCAUGUUGAUUGGUAAGUUCUCCUCUCACUCUGUUAUGACCUCGCAGGACCUGUUGACAUGGAAAGCCAAUUGCAUUGAUUCAACAGCAGCGCCUGAGGCAGUCUUUGCAUCGGAGGUGAAGAAGAUGCAGCAGGAAAACAUGAAACCCCAGGAGCAGUUGACCCUGGAGCCCUAUGAGCGAGACCAUGCUGUGGUGGUGGGCAUUUAUAGACCUCCUCCCAAACAGAAGAAAUAGAGACCGCAGAAGCUGUCAGUGGGCAUUGUGUCAGUGCUGUAGGCCAGAGCUGUUUCGCUUGCUGCUUUUGGGGACAGGACUUCCCCCCCCCACAGAUCGGGCCUUGCUUCCAGAGGGCCACGUGUUCACUUCAGGAAUGCUCUUCUGCAUUUGUUCUCUGGAGUUUUCAUAUGUAUACUUUUAUUAAAAUAAGAAACCUAGAGGCAGUUAUAGGAUCUGUCUGUGGGCUAGGGAGAAGACACGUAUCUCUGCCAGGACAGUGAGCAAGAGGAGAAAUUGGCCACGGCCUGGUACUCCCUGUAUAGUUGACCAGAACUUUGACUUCACGUGGUGUGGGGCUGAGGGCUCAGUUCUAUGUACAUUGACUAGAAAAUAAAGCCUUAUUCAUAUAGCCGUGGGGCUUAGGGAGUGACCCGCUUGUGGAUUACACCAACUGCAAAUCAGUGGUAUAGAAAAGGACCUGAUUCUACUCUCAAUGAGAGCUGUGCCAAUGCUAAAUCUUCCAUCUGUAUCCCAUUAUUCUUUCAUACCCAUGGAAGCCAAACUCUCAUGUACUUAUUUCAUUAAAUUUGCUGCACCGUGUGCC